AUGCCAUUGGAGACCAAUGUGUUCAUCGGCACCGGUAUUGCCUUCGGACUACUGGUCGUCGCGUUCAACUCAGCCAUCCAUAAGAUCGAAGAGGGUCAUGUGGGUGUGUACUACAGAGGCGGUGCCCUAUUGGACACGACAUCGAUGCCGGGCUUUCAUAUGAUGUUUCCGGUGCUGACGACCUACCGGUCCAUUCAGGUGACCCUCCAGACCGAUGAGGUGAAGAACGUGCCGUGCGGUACAUCCGGUGGUGUUAUGAUAUACUUCGACCGCAUAGAAGUGGUCAACAUUUUGAACUCACACGCCGUGUAUGACAUCGUGAGGAACUACACCGCAGAUUACGAUAAGGCACUCAUAUUCAAUAAAGUACACCACGAGUUGAACCAGUUUUGCUCAAUUCAUUCACUGCAAGAGGUUUACAUCGAUUUGUUCGACCAAAUCGAUGAGAACCUCAAGAUUGCCCUCCAGAAAGACUUGGAUCAGUUCGCUCCGGGACUCAUCGUACAGGCCGUUAGGGUCACCAAACCUAAGAUACCGGAGACUAUCCGUAGAAACUAUGAACUCAUGGAAGUUACCAUACAAUACAAGUUGCUUACGUUAGAUAUAGUGUGA